AGAAAAGCGGCAAGGAAAAUGACUUCUCGAAGGAACAAAAUAGGAAAUCAACCUUGCUGACAACUCAAAUGCCAUUUUCCCCGGCAAAACCUAACGCAUGCGCAUACGUUAUUCAGUUCUGUCGGUUGACGUUGAUUUCAAAUCACGCUCGGCCAAGUCUUGCCUCAUCAGCUGUUUCGCCAAUAUAUGCAUCUUUACACAUGGAAAAACACAUGCAAGAAUGCUCACAUUUCGUGAAGAGUGAAGCCCGCAAGAAGCUAAACGGGAUUGUGAAUUGAUCACGGAAAUUUUUAAGUACAGUGGACAAACAAGGAAAUUUUCUGACCUCGGUUCAUUUUAUCUGUAUAAAUCUGGGGUGCAGAAGACAUCGAUAAAGUCGAAGAUCUUUCCGAGUACGGAGGCCUUUGAUGGUUUAGGCUCCCACGUCUGAAGAUACAGUUGUUGAAUUGUGAAUAAGUGCAAGAUGACUAACGAAAAAAGCGGAGAAGACGAUCCGUGGAAGAUUCAUUUCUCAUUUACGGGAUCCACUACGAGUGUUCUCCAAAGAAAUAACGGAAAUCCUUCGAAUAUUUACUUCUCCUCAUUUGAGGAAAGCCAGCCAACUUUUUACAUUUACAUUUUGAAACAAUUAUUCCUCUGGAAAGACAUCGAAAGUUUGCGACGCAUUGUGUUGGAUCCGGAAGAAAUUAAUACAAUAAUAAAACAGAAGGGAACAGCUCUGAAAAGUCUUCAUGAAUAUGAUGAGCUUGAAGAAGUCGAUUUAUUAAGAGAAAUUGACAAAAUCCCAGAUGUGAAAUGUCAUGUUAUCGACGGAAAAUGUUUUACAUUGGAGCUUCGAAUAACAGAUGAAUUUGACCCGGACCAUAAUUUGAGGCGCCUGUUGAGUGAUUUGCGGACUUACUGCAAAACUUUAACUAAAAAUAUCACACGGCAGUGCGAAAGUGAAGAAGUGCAAUCAACACCAGAAAUGAAAAUGAAAUCAAGGAAACGUUCAAAUGGGAUAACUCUGAAAAUGAGACCAAUAACUUCUUAUUUUCCAAAAGAGCCCUGGAGAACUGAGGAAAAGCAAAAGGCUAAUAAUGAUCAACAAGGGAAAGAAAAGUGCUCUAUUCAGAUAGAUGACGACUCUGACUUUUCACCCCCCUUGGAAAAUGAGCUUCGCGCAAUUAAUGUCCACGAUGGAGAACAAUAUUCGAUAAUAAAAGAUUUGUUCUCUAUAGAAACUGACCGCUACUAUGAAGAUGAAAGCUGUGUUGUUGAGAAAACAGGGACAAACAGGGUGGCACCAGAAGUGGCGGAUGCAGGUGAUAUGGAUGUUUGUGUGACACAAGGCUUUCACGCCGAAUGGGUCACGCAGUCAUUUGUAUCCAAAAGAAAGAAACUGAUAAAGAGCUCUAUGAGUAAUAAACUAAAUUGUAGCAAGGGUGGUAAAAAUGGAACUCUUGCUAGAGAUGUUGCAACAGAUGAAGUUACUGACACUGAAGAAAAUCCAGAUAGACAUUAUGCUGAGUUGGACAUAGCUAUUAGAGAGGAGAUAAGAGAUUGGUGUGGUGGGGAAACCUUCUUGACGCAAGAAAGUUUGCGAAAAAUUGGAAUGGUCACAGAACAGGAUAACAGAAUGAAGAACAAACCUGGUCACAAACAGUGUGAAAGGAGCAAUCAUCUUAAUAACUCUAGUGAUAAUGAUGAUGAUGAUUUUGCAAAUUUGAGUGACAAAAAGUCAAAUGAGUCAAGACAUACAUGUGUCGUAAUUCAUGACGGUGAUGAGGAAUCUGGUAGUGAAGAGAACAGUUAUUCAAUUGAUUGCAUAAAAAAAUCAAGCAGGUUUAGAAAGAAAUGUGUCCUCUCUAACAGCAAGGAAUCAGAUGGUGAGAAAAAUUAUCAUCCACAUAAUAGCAAGAAACAAUCAAGUAAAGUUAGAUAUAAACGUGUCAGAACCUAUGAUAGUGAUGAGGUGUCUGAUGGUGACAUGAAUGCUUUCUUCUGUACGAACAAACCUAAAAGAUAUAAACGCAUCUUCACUUAUGACAGUGAUGAGGAAUCUGGUUGUGACAAGAAUGAUUUUUCAAUUGAUUGCAUCAAAAAACCAAGUAAAUUUAGAAAUAAAUGUGUUCUCUCUGGCAGCAAGGACUCAGAUGGUGGCAAAGAUUGUCAUACACCUAAUAGCAAGAAACAAUCAAGUAAGGUUAAAUAUAAACGUGUCAAAACUUAUGAUAGUGAUGACGAGUGAUAGUGACA